AUGUUGGUAGGAUUUCUCCUAGUUUGUGCAACCGUGCUGGCCAACUGCGCAACCGGCCAGUGCAGAGCAGGCCACGUGCCGAUUGACGUGUGCCCUGAUAGCUCUGCUGUCUACGGCGCAGGGUCCGAGUGCACGGUUCCGAACUGCAAGCGGUGCGCCCAAGGAAAGCCCGCGGAGUGCGAGGAGUGCAACUCUAACUUCAACCUCGAUAGCAACACGAAGCAGUGCAACCCAGUGUCGGCCGAGUGCACGGUUCCGAACUGCAAGGCCUGUGACAACCCCAAAACAGACAACGAGGUCUGCACUGAAUGUAAUGACGGCAACUAUCUCACUCCAACUAGUCAGUGCGUAUCUGACUGCACAGCCAUCAGCGGAUACUACGGAGAUACUAACGAAAGGAAGUGCAAGAAGUGCAACGAUGCGUGCGCAGAGUGCAAGGGUGCUGCUUCUAAUCAGUGCAGUGCCUGUCCUGCUGGGAAGAAACUGACAUAUACAGAUGACAGCAAUCCUAAUAACGGAGGCGCCUGCGGGGAUGCGUGCAAAGUGUCUGCAGAUGGCACUGGCUGUGAGACAUGUGGAGCCCAAAUAGGAGGAACUGCAUACUGCUCAAAGUGCAAGACCUCCACUCAGGCCCCCUUGAACGGCAACUGUGCGGCCAAUACGCGAACACGAUUUUGCACUACGGUGAGUAAUGGAGCAUGCACUCAAUGCGCUGCUAACUACUUCCUCAAGGACGGCGGCUGCUAUCAGACAGAUAGACAGCCUGGUAAACAAGUGUGUAGUAGUGCACAGGGAGGAACAUGUCAGACGUGUGCCAACGGACUACAGGCACAAGGUGGGGCCUGUGGGGAGUGCCAUUCUACUUGUGCUACGUGCUCGACUGCAGAUGCGGCUGAUAAGUGUAAGACUUGUGCCACUGGGUAUUACAAGGAAAACGGUGACGAUACCACUGAUGGGUUAUGCAAGAAGUGCUCAGAGAAGAUCUCUGGAUGCAAGCAAUGUGUGUCAUCAUCUGGCAGUUCAGUCAUAUGCUUAGAAUCAGAAGCAGGCACUGGUGGAAGCGUCAACAAGAGCGGCCUCAGCACAGGCGCCAUAGCCGGUAUCUCCGUCGCUGUGAUUGUUGUCGUCGGGGGGCUUGUAGGCUUUCUCUGCUGGUGGUUCCUUUACCGCGGGAAGGCAUAG